AUGAGCGGAGAGCCUGUUCUGUACAGUCUCUACGUCUACGCGCCCAACAAAGUCGCGCCCGUACUGUUCACUGUCUUGUAUGGAAUUUCGGCAGUCGGUCAUAUAUGGCAAUGCGUUCAUUACAGUGCCUGGAGAAUGAUAGGGCUUCACCCGAUGUGUGCCGUCUUCUACACCGCCGGCUAUGGUCUUCGUGAGUACGGCGCGUUCAAUUACCUGUACUCGACAACCAAUUUGAAUGCGUUCAUCGUCAGUCAAGUGAUGAUAUACAUCUGCCCACCGCUGCUGGAGCUGGCGAACUAUCACGUCUUGGGCCGCGUACUGUACUAUGUGCCCUAUUGCGCUCCAUUUCCUCCCAAUCGAAUCAUGUCGUUGUUUGGCGCACUGGUCGCCGUCGUCGAAGCACUCAAUGGUCUCGGUGUCGCCUUCACCUCUAACCCGUCUUCGUCACAAAGCGUACAAGAGCUUGGUAGUAAGUUGACCAAAGCAUCGCUCGCAUUCCAGCUUGCAGUCAUCGUUGUCUGUGUACUGCUUGCUGGUCUCUUCUAUCGCAACUGCAAGAAGCAAGGUAUCCACAGUCGAAACGUCAACGUACCACUCAUAGCACUGUCUUCGAGUAUGUUCCUCAUCCUCGUACGCUGCAUAUAUCGUCUUGUUGAACACAUGGGAAACGUCGGACUUGCCAUAGACGACUUGGAAUCGAUGAGACAGCUCACCCCGAUCCUUCGCUAUGAGUGGUUCUUUUAUGUGUUCGAAUCGACCACGAUGCUCUUCAACUCGGCUGUAUGGAACAUCUGGCAUCCUGGUCGAUACCUGCCCAGAUUACAUAACAUCUACCUUUCAUCAGAUGGCACCGAGGUAGAAGCAGUGGAAGACUCGGAUACCAGACCACUGUUGGCCAAAGCCGGAUCAGUGCUGACUUUUGGCCUAUUUUUCCGGAAGAAGAAAACGGAGAGGCAGCAGAGCUAUCUCCUAGACUCAGGCAACAGUCGCGAUUCGCAAACAUGA